AUGACCACCGACACUUGGUGGCCAGAACUCGCGGCGCUAUUGUGCAAUGUGGUCUGCACCAUGGCCAUUGCGGUCGUGCUUCGGGUUUACGAGGGACACGAAGUACCCAGGUUGCCCCGUGGCAUAUCGCUGAAUACGGUUGUGUCCCUUCUGGCAUCCUUGUCACGUUCAAGUCUAAUGUUAUUGGUUGCUUCAUCGUUGAGCCAAGUCAAGUGGUUCUGGUUUCAGCGCGAGCCACGACGGUUAACGGACUUGCAAACACUCGACGACGCCAGUCGUGGACCGUUAGGAGCAGUUGCCAUGUUGUCACAUCUUCACUUGCUGUCCGUCGCCUCCAUUGGCGCGGUAAUUACGCUCAUGGCGUUGGUACUUGAGUCCUCUGUUCAGCAACUACUUCACUAUGAAGAGAUCCAAAUCGCCACUCUUUCACCGGAGGCUACUACGAGACAGUCAAUUUCAUUCAAUACAAGUAGUUGGCCUAAUGUGGACUAUAAGUGGGUUGCAGCUAUCAACGCCGGAAUAUGGUCGAGCAGUUUUAAUCGCAACCCCUCCUGCGCAUCCGGGAACUGUACUUGGCCACGAUUUCAUUCCAUCGAUUGGUGCUCCAGAUGUGACGAUGUGACCUCGACGCUAGACAUUGGCGACGGCUGCAGCAUACUAAUCAAUGACACAGCCCCCGUCAACACCAUUGUCAACACCACUUGCAACAUAUCACUCCCCAAGGGAGCUCCCUAUGUCAUGGACCUCUCGAAGACCUACAACCCAAACUUCACCGUCACACCCUCUUUACAACUAUCUCCUUGGGUCGUUUCAUAUUCUGUGGGGAUGAGCUGGCAACUCGACUCCACAAUUCCUGGCACGAAGAAUUUCUCCGCCGAAAACAUCUAUCUGAACGUUUCCCGUCCUGCGAUUGCACUUGCUUAUGCGGAGGGGGAGCUAGCGUAUGACGAUUUAUCGAAGAAGGGAUAUUUUCGGGUUACCGAAGCCACAGAAUGCAUUAUGAACCCUUGUGUGAGGGAAAUCGAGGUUACCGUACGGAAAGGCCAAGUCGUGGCCGAAACAAUAUCGACAGACUACGGUUCCUGGCAUUCUCAUUCCAAUAACGGCGACUGGAACUGCUGGAAGCCUUAUCACAAAUAUGACGAUAUCCUUCCGCCAGGCUCAGAGCUAAUGUGGGACAGUGGUUCCGUUUGCUUCACCUACAACGGCGAAUGGGGCAUUACACCGAGGCUCGAGGGCACCCGAAACGUGACAAGCUUCUUAGCUAAUGUUCGUGAUCAAGAAGGCACAAUGCUGGGGUUUGUACCCUUAUUCUCAUCAAAUAACGAACAGCUCGAUGUAAUCCAAGCAAAUGGUCUUGACAAGGUGGUCGACAAUAUCAGUGCUUCUGUGUCCCAGUACCUCCGACUAGUCAGCAACGCUACGGUUCAAGGGCAUGUCUGGGUGUCCCAAACGACCGUGAAAGUGCAAUGGCCAUGGAUCCUUUUUCCCGUUGUGCUGAGCUUGGCUGGGGCCUUGUUUUUGCUCAUUUUAGUGGUACAGACACAAAAGAGCGGCACUCCUCUCUGGAAGACAUCUCUCUUGCCCUUCUUUUACCGUGAUGUCCAAGCAGACGAAGAAUUUGUGCGGCUACGCACCGUGAGUGAGAUGCUCAGUAAAGCCCGGACCACUUCUUUGAGAAUUGCAACGCCACUGCUGGGGGAAUCAGGAUAG